AUUUGGAGUCAUUUCCAAAGAGUACUGACACAGCGUUUUCCUUGAGCCAUUCUUCCUGAAUCGCAUAGUGUUGGGGGUUGACUUGUACACGUUCAAAGUCUUCCAGAAUGACUCCUUCGUUGUAGCAGUCAGCAAUGAUCCCUUUGAUUCUAUCCUUUUCACCCGAACUUAACAACGGCACAGGACAGGCUGAUGAGGUUUCCCCCAUUUUGACGAGUAUUGGUCAACAAAGUUUCGAAGGUAACCAGGAGCAAGCCCCGCACUACAGCGAGGUGAUUCUCUAUCCGCAGGCCAUCUUCAGGGAUCCCUUCCGAGGCGGCGACAACAUCCUUGUCAUGUGCGACUGUUACACUCCUCAGGGCGAGCCCAUUCCCACCAACACCCGCUACGCCGCCAACAAGCUGUUCCAGCAGGCGCUGGAGACGGAGCCGUGGUUCGGCCUGGAGCARGARUACACUUUGCUGGAGAAGGAGCACAAGUGGCCGCUGGGCUGGCCSGUSAAUGGCUACCCCGGCGCGCAGGGGCCGUACUACUGCGGCGUGGGUGCUGACAAGGCGUGGGGGAGGCGCAUCGUGGACGCCCACUACAAGGCCUGCGUGUACGCCGGCAUCACGAUCAGCGGGACCAACGGCGAGGUGAUGCCCGGGCAGUGGGAGUUCCAGGUGGGGCCGGCCGUCGGGAUCGCGGCAGGGGACGAGCUGUGGGUGGCGCGGUACUUGCUGGAGCGGAUUACUGAGAUGGAGGGGGUGAUUCUGUCCCUGGACCCGAAGCCCGUGGAAGGCGACUGGAACGGUGCCGGGUGCCACUGCAACUUCAGCACCAAGGCGAUGAGGGAGGACAGCGGAUGGGAGGUGAUCAUGGAGGGCGUGAAGAAUCUGGAGCUGAGGCACAAGGAACACAUCAAGGCGUACGGCGAGGGCAACGAGCGGCGGCUCACGGGCCGCCACGAGACGGCCAGCAUGGACCGGUUCUCGUGGGCCGUUGCGAGCGGAGGGACGUCCGUGAGGAUCGGAAGAGACACGGAGGCGAAGAAGAAGGGGUACAUGGAGGACCGUCGCCCGGCGUCCAACAUGGACCCGUACGUCGUCACCUCCCUCGUCUUCGACACCACCACGCUCUGGAAGCCAUUAUAGAAUGAGGUAUAUACAGUUACAUAGUGUUUUUGUAUGCAUGUACGCCAUCCCACAUACGGGUGAUUGUACUACUUGCAAGACUGUUUGUAGUUCGAUUGUCUGGUAGAUCGGUUCUGCGUAAGUUAUAGUGUA